UGUGUGUGUGUGUGUGCAUGUUUGUUUACAGAUCAUACAAUUUCCAAGGUCUUAUUCCUGGUACCAAGUAUACGGUUGAGGUGUUUGCCACCAAUGGGGAGAGGAGAAGUAAACCUUCUACUGUAAUUCUGUAUACACUUCCAGGGAUGCCAAAGCAAGUGGUUACAUCAGAGCACCCAGUGACGUCUGUAUUUCUGACCUGGAGGCCGCCAGCAGGACAGGUAGACAAGUACAAGCUUGCAUUCGGUCUGUUGUCCGUGGACAGGAAAUUGUGGACUGGAGUGUUUGUUGAGAGCACAAGCUAUGAGAUCAGAGAGUUGAUCCCAGGGUCAGACUACGGUGUCAGCAUUCAGAGUGUCCUGGGCUCAGACAGCAGCUAUGCAGCAAACAGAGAGUUCAGCACACGCCCUGCGGGAUUAUGCCGACUUCAUUUAGAUAAAGUGGAUUCUUCAUCCAUAUCUGUGCAUUGGGACGGGGCGCCCGGAGAGUUUGACUUUCACAGAGUGACCGUGGCCGGCGCUUCGAUCACACAAACACUCAUAAUACCGAAAGGGGAGCAGGUUGCUGUGGUUACAGGCCUGCUGGAUGGUUGCAGCUACAACGUGAGCGCCAAGAGAGUGAGAGGGGAGACAGCAGGAAGUGCUGCUUUUCUGACUGUCACCACAGUGCCAAAGCCUGUGAGGGGUGUGCGUUUGGUCAGCAGUUCUGGACGUGCAUUCUCACUACGCUGGCUGCAAGCAGAGGGGUGUGUGGAUCGCUACCAAGUUAACUUGGUGCCAGACCAUGGUGCAGUGACCAUUCACCCUACCUACGAUGGAUACAUUCAGGCUGACGUGGUGGAUGUUAGUCCUGGGACACAGUACUCGGUGACCGUCUCUGCAGACUCUUCUUCUAAAAGCAGCCCUGGAGUCAGUCGCAUGAUCAUUACCAACCAGAGCGUUCCCGGUCCUCCGCUGACCCUUGGAGGACACGCUGUUGGUUCUAAUGGGAUUCUGCUAGCCUGGACCAUGCCAUCUGAUGCAAACAAUAUAGAUGGAUAUGUCAUCAGGUACAAGGAGGUUUGCCCGUAUCCCGAUCCCACUUUCACACAGGUGACCAAGUACCUGGAUAUACCAGAGACUCUGAUCACCGACUUUACCUCAGGUUCAACGUACCAUAUCCAGGUAGCAGCUAUGUCUCCAGCUGGAACAGGGCCUUUCAGCAAACCUUUGUACAUAAAGACAUCUGAGUCACCCCCCGGCCUGGUGACCAAUCUGACGGCGUACGCUCAGAACUACACCUUCGUCGUCGUUACCUGGUUCCUGCCGCACCGCAUCAACGGCCUCAUCACAAAGUUUGCCGUCAAAGCAAAACACGUUCGAACGGGUCAGACGGUCCGCGUACUGGAAGUCAACGCAGAGGAAAUCAUGACUGGAGCUCUCCCUCACUGCAAUGAUGCGGCUGAUAUUUUGUCACGAGCAACUCCCAGCCCCUUGGAGAUAACCGCAUCGUCUCCCAUCACCCUCUCUGCUGUGCCUCCCGCAGCCUCUUGGAAUAUUCCCAUAUCAGUAGGAGUAGAUCAGCUGCGACCUUACACGGCCUAUCUGUUUGAGGUUUCUGCAUUCACAUCUGAUGGAGAGGGACAGGUAGCCUCCACCAUGGUCCGCAUGCCAGAAUCAGCACCCGAGGGUCCACCUGAAAACUUUUCAGUGUUGAACAUGACAUCCAGGUCAAUUUCUGUGUCGUGGAGCUCUCCCAGCAUCAUCACUGGAAAGUUCUCCUAUGUGCUUUACCUUUAUGGACCUACAGGUUUUUUGUAUGACAACAGCACAUUGGAUACGCGUUUUCUUUUUACUGGGUUGACUCCCUACACCACCUACAGAGUAGCCGUCCGAGCAAAAGCCGCGGGAGAGGUGGGACCAGCAGCUCAGGAGGUCAUAGUAACACCAGCUGAAGCACCGAGCGCAGUGCAAAACCUGGAGGCUGUAGCUGAGGACUCGGUUUCAAUUCGUGUUAGCUGGAGAAGCCCCGCCCAGCCCAACGGCCCCAUAACUCAGUACAGACUGCAGGUCCUGGCUGAUGACACUUUGCUGCAGGACAUCACCCUCACGUCAGGGAAUAUAACCGAUUCACAUGAGAAUGAAACACUUCCUCCAAAUGUCGACAACACUCUGAGGCGGAGAAAGAGAUCUGAUGAGCUCAGUCCGGUCACGUCGCCGCUGACUUUCACGGCUACAGUUUCAGCCCGCACUCCGCCCACUGGAAUGACUGCCUCCAGCUUUGCUCGCUCAGAAAGCAGAAGCACUGAUCACACUGCCAACACUGAUUUUCAGCCUACCCUCCACCUUGCACUCGCCGAUGAGUCCAGCCCGGGUUAUGAUUCAGAAAACAUUAUUGAGUCUUCUGACAAUGUCAGCUCUAGGACGUCGGCUCUGCCCGUGACGUCUGUGUCACGUAAUACCCAUCCGCCCUGGCUCACGGAGCAGUCACGCACAGACGCCGUGACCUCAGCCAGCUCCGCCUUGGGUCUUACUCCAGGUCAGCUGCGCCUGUCCACACGUGAUGUUUCAUUUACUGGGAACGUGUCGACACGCAGUGGAGCAGUGACAGGAACUCCAGGUGUUACCAUAAGACAAGAAGUGGUGGACGUUUUGUCCAAGGAGCUUUCGUACUUGGUGUCGGAUCUGAGUCCUUUUACUGAAUAUGUGUUCAGAGUCACUGCCUCCACCACUGCUGGGGAGGGACCUGCUGCAGAUACCACUGAGAAGACCAGUGAGCAGGUUCCCAGCUCGGUGCUUGAAGUGUCCUAUCAAAAUAUAAGCUCCACAUCAAUUCUUGUGAAUUGGGUCCCACCACUCAAUCCCAAUGGGCGGAUCACACAUUACAGCGUAUACGGCCUCAAUCUGCGCAGCAGUCAAGCCAUGAAGUGGGUUACUAACACCACCAGCAUAUUAAUAUCAGAUCUGGACAAGUACACGGGCUACAAGCUACGUGUAGCUGCAUCUACAGCUGUGGGAGAGAGCACUCUGUCAGAGGAGGAUGAUGUUUUUGUUUUUACUUUAGAGGAUGAGCCCGACUCCCCUCCUGAAAAUCUCUCAGUGGUUGAAACGAGCCCCUCUACAGCCUCUCUGACCUGGUCGGCUCCAGAGAAAGCUAAUGGAGUGAUCCAGUACUAUGAGGUCUUUUAUGAAAACGACUCCUACUUCGCAGUGAUGAACACCACUUCAAACAGAGUCACUCUGACCGGUUUAAAGCCGUUCUCGUUUUACAACGUGUCUGUAAGGGCAUACACUCGCUACGGCAACGGCAACCAAACGUCCGAAACGUUGAACCUGCUGUCUGGAGAAGAUGUUCCAGGCAGUCCUCCAUAUGGACUUUCCUACGAGUCAAUCAGCCCCAGUGAGGUGAAUGUGUCGUGGUACGCUCCUCUGCAUCCGAACGGCGUUGUUACUCACUACAGCCUGGAGCUCUGGAACUCCACCCAUCACCUGAACCUCACCUCACUGACCAACUCCCUCCACAUCACCCACCUGAGGAAGUACGCUCAGUACCGCAUUGCGGUUCAAGCACACACUCGAGCAGGGCCAGGAAACUACAGCAGCGAGCCACUCAACAUCACCACACUCGAGGAUGCUCCAGGCACCCCCCCUCAGUUCCUCCAAGCCAGGAAGUUGUCUGACUAUGAGGUAGAGCUGUCAUGGGAGCCACCACUCAAUGCCAAUUCAGAAAUACUCUACUACAUAGUCAGAGUUUGGAAUGAAACUGCUGAGACUUGGCAGAAUGUGACAGGGACGUCUGUGGUUAUUAAUGUGGACUCGGAGAGUCGCUACAACGCCUCUGUCUCCAGCUGGACCAGACUGGGAGACGGAGGAGUGCUGAUCUAUAUCAGCUUCACCACCACAGAAGCAGAGCCAUUUGACCCGCCACAGAAUGUGACGGUUGUAAAUGUGACCGCUUCCUCUGUCACCUUGAUGUGGCAACCACCGACCGAACCAAAUGGAAUCAUUGUGCACUACACCAUUUACUACACCGAUAACAGCACUGUGAUAGAAAAGAGAGUUCGAGUGCCAGACUUACCACCCCGUUACCUCCCCGACUCGCCCUUCAUCUACACCCUGACUCGACUGAUAGGAGGCAGCAACUACACCCUAUGGAUGACGUCGAGCACCGUACAGGGUGACGGAGGGGUCCAGUCAGAACCUAUAAACCUGCUCUUACCAGAAGACGUGCCAAGUGACCCGGUCUCAAACCUGACAGCUCAGAUCUUCAGCUCCACGAUCAUCAUUGUGAGCUGGGAUCCUCCCUCCGAGCCAAACGGCCGUCCCUACUACAUCCUCACCUUGCAGGAGGCUGGCAUAUUCCCAAACAUGAGCAGCACAGGCACCGUGGCUGUGAACAAGACCAUCAAGCAAACCACAACCGACAAUGUUUUCCUGUUUACCAGACUGAGGAAGUAUUUUCAAUAUAUACUGACUGUUACUCCAGCAACGGGAGCUGGUCCUGCCUACAAUCAAACCAGCACCAUGUACCUGAGAACAGAUGAGGACAUUCCCAGUUCUCCUCCAUUGCUGUUGUCAACUAGAAACCUUUCUUCCUCCUCCAUCGCUGUGGUGUGGCAACGCCCUCUGGAGGCUAAUGGAGAAAUAACAGAGUACAGCCUCACUCUGUCUGGACCUGGGGGCACAAACACAACGCAGGUCCCCAACACAUCUGUCAUCCUCACUAAUCUAGCGUCGUUUACGGCUUACAACCUCACCAUCGUAGCCUCAACGCGUAAAGGCGCAGGGCCCAGCCUGCUUGUGCAGCUUCACACUGAUGAAGCCGGUCCUUCCUCUCCUCCCCGUAACCUGACUAUAUACAACCACACAGCCGUUUCCGUGUGGUUGACUUGGGAGCCUCCUCUGGAGCCUAAUGGAGUGGUGAUAAAGUACGGAUUCCGGAUCCGAGACCUCAUCACACAAACCGUCACACAUCGGAAUUCCUCUGGUUCGUCGACCACAGAGCAUCUGUCAGGCUUCAGGCCUCACAGCUCCUAUGAGAUCAGUGUGUACAGUUACACCAGAGUGGGCCAUGGGAAUCAAUUCAGCAGCCCUGUGACCUUCACAACCAAUGAGUCAGUCUCUGAUGCUGUAGGGAAUCUAUCCUGCUCAGGAUUGAGCUGGGAUUCUGUCAAACUGUCCUGGGAAGUUCCAGCCAACCCAAACGGACAGAUCCUGUUUUACGAGAUCACAGCGGAGGUCGACGUGCAAACCUUUACCCACCAGGCCUACGCACCGCAGUACAAGGUGACCGGGCUGUCACCAGACCAAGAGUACGCAUUCACUGUAGCUGCGGUAAACUCUGCAGGACCAGGAGACGGCCUGAACUGCACAGCAUUCACCCUUUCUGAAUCAGUUCCAACCGCUCCCCGCUUCCUGUCCAUCUCUGAGGUCACAGCAACCAAUGUGACACUUUGGUGGGCAGUGCCGGUCUCCGUUCCUGGCCUGCUGAAAGAGUACCAUGUUGUGGCUCAGCUGAUUUCGGCUGUUUGCGAACCAAACACACAGGGUGCUGUCCUGCCAACCCCAGAGGACACCAUGGCCUUGCACUGCGUGGAGGACAAUUUUAAUGUGUCAGUGAAUGCCUCAGAUGGUGCCGAAGAAGCCAGUGUCAUCCUCCAGUCCCUGGCUAAAUACAGAUACUAUCGCUUCAAAGUGGCCGCUGUGACCAACGCUGGACCUGGAGAAUAUGCAGAGUGGAUUUAUGCACAGACCCUGGCUGGAAAUCCUGAUGCUCCUCCUCGUGACCUUAAAGUGACCCCAACCUCCACCAGCCUCCGGAUUUCGUGGAAGGUUCCGGCUGUUCUCUCGGGACCAACUUCAUAUCUUGUGCAGGUGGAUGGUCCUGGUGUGAACAUCUCAAUAGUUCGGGUCCCAGGAGAGUUGACAACAGUCUUUGUGACAAACCUAACAGCUUUCAACCUUUAUGCCGUGACUGUCACCGCCUUCACUGGUUCGGUAGAGGAUGCCGGCAGUGACGGGAAAGCCGUCGGGCCUAUUGUCUUCCAGACACUGGAGGAAGAGCCGAAAGACCCUCCCAAAAAUGUGACAGUCUCUGCUGUCCCAGAGAGAGUGAACCUGGUCAGGGUGAGCUUCAGUCCCCCCGAAGAGCCUAACGGAAACAUCACUGCCUAUUACGUCUUUGUGUAUGAGAAGGACCAGCUGGUGAAAAACAUGAGUCUCGAUAAAAUCCACGGAGAACCAAACAUGCUGUUUGCUUUCGUUGAAGGCCUUAAAGGAGGGCACACCUACAGCAUACAGAUUGCAGCAAGAAACGGGGCGGGCAGGAGCCCACUCAGUCCACAAGUUCAGAUAACUACAGGGAUUAAAGCCCCAUCCAAGCCAGCCCAAAGACCCCAAGCAGUGCUGGGCCAAGGAGGGGUUGCCAUGGUAACCCACAGGAGUAUAACCAUCCACAUGCCUGCCUGUUUCUAUAGUGACGACAACGGACCAAUCGCAAAAAUCCAGGUCAUCGUGGCCGAGUCAGGGGUGAGGGACAGUGAGAACCUGACCAAUUGGAGGGGAGCCUAUUUUCACCGUCCUGCUCCUUACCUCACUGACGCGGGGUUCCCCAACCCCACCUGCUUCGCGAGGGACAGGGCAGCAGGUGCGGAUGUGCUUGUCGGAGGCGGUCGCAGUGUGUCUGGAGAUGACCCGUCGCUGCUGAGGCACAACCACACCAUCACAGAAACCUACAUGAUUGGAGAGAAUGACAGCUGCAUGGGACAGAACGACACAGAUCUUUUCUGCAACGGACCUCUGAAGCCCAACACCGUCUACGUGUUUAAAUUCAGAGCCACGAACACCAAGGGCCAAUACACGGACUCUGAUUUCUCCGAGUAUAUCAGAACUGCAGCGGACGGACUACUGACCAAAGAGGAACAAAUCAUCCUGGGUGUUUUGCUGUCAUUCUUUCUGGCUGUGUUCCUCAUCCUCCUUAUCUGUUGCUCAGUCAAGAUCCAUCAGCGUAAGAAAGAGGGCGGGACUUAUUCACCCAGGGAGGCAGAGAUCAUAGAGACAAAGUGCAAAUUAGAUCAACUGAUUGCUGUAGCAGAUAUGGAGCUGAAACAAGAAAAGCUCAAUCGGUAUUCUUCCUUCUUCUUUAGGCGGAAAGAGAUUUAUGUCAUCCAGCUGCUCAGCUACAGGAAGUCGCUCAAGCCUGUCAACAAGAAAUCCUUCCUGCAGCACGUAGAAGAUCUGUGUGCCAACGACAACGCAAAGUUCCAGGAGGAGUUUUCGGAGCUCCCAAAGCUGCUGCCAGACCUGGCCACCACAGACGCCGACCUGCCAUGGAAUAAAUCCAAAAACCGCUUCCUCAACAUCAAACCCUACAACAACAACCGAGUGAAGCUGCUCUCAGAACCAGGCAUGGCAGGAUCAGACUAUAUCAAUGCAAGCUUUGUCUCGGGUUACUUAUGUCCCAAUGAGUUCAUAGCCACUCAGGGUCCUCUGCCCAGCACGGUGGCUGACUUUUGGAGGAUGAUCUGGGAGACUGGAAGCCGCACUGUUGCCAUGCUCACGCAAUGUUACGAGAAAGGCAGGAUUCGGUGUCACAAGUAUUGGCCUGAGGACAACAAGCCAAUGACAGUGUUUAGUGACAUUCUCAUCUCUAAAGUAUCAGAAGAAGUGCUUCCUGAUUGGACUGUCAGAACGCUGAAAGUAGAAAAGCAUGGGCACUACAAUUUAGUCAAACACUUCAACUACACUUCAUGGCCUGAGCACGGGGUCCCAGAAUCCUGCAGCACCUUGAUUAAGUUUGUCAAAGCUGUCCGAGCACAUCGUCAUGACAACUCCACCAUAGUGGUCCACUGCAGUGCGGGCGUGGGAAGAACAGGCGUGUUCGUUGCUCUCGAUCAUCUUAUUCAGCACGUCAGGGAUCAUGACUUUGUGGAUAUUUACGGGCUGGUGGCUGAGCUGCGCAGUGAGAGGAUGUGCAUGGUGCAGAACCUGGCCCAGUACAUCUUCCUCCACCAGAGCACUCUGGAACUUCUGAACAACAAAGGCAACAGCCAGUCCAUCUGGUUUGUUAACUAUUCAGCUCUGGAGAAGAUGGACUCUUUGGAUGCCAUGGAAGGUGAUGUUGAGCUGGAAUGGGAAGAGACCACCAUGUAAACCACCGACUGGAAGAAAAUGUAGAGGAGCUUUUCUUCGACCAUAGGACCCUCAACUGGACCUCCACCAGGAAGACAAAUGUAGACGAUCAGUAAAGAAGACCUGGAAAAUAACAAGACUUGGAUGUUCCACUUCAAACCCUUUUCUCUGUCCAGUUGUUAACUUUCUUGCACAUCCUGUCUGCUUGUUUCCAAAGACAGGAAGAUAAACUUUUGGAGGAGCUAUAAAUAUCAGGAAUGACAUGGACAGACAAGAGAGCAUGAGCUAACUGUGAGACUUCUAUCUUUGCACAACUGCAUUGCAUUACUUUAAUAUUAUCUGUUUUUUUAAGAUAAUUUAUUAAGCCAAAAUGGGAUUUUUUUUUAUUCUCUUUGUAACUUUGUUUGCGUUCAGGUAUUGUGUAUGCUUUUCAAGACUGAUUUUGCAAACCCAAAGCGUCUCCUCUUGCUUUGAUACUUGACAGUGAAACUCUUCCCUGUGGACUUGCUGUCAUCAAAUGUUUAUUAGCUUUUGAUAUUAAAAAGAAACAUUUUAAAAGUAAAA